AUGGGUAAAAGGGUAAGGGCUGGAGAGAUGAUUCUUGGCGGUAGAAAGUAUAAGCUGAAUGGGGGCAAACGUGUGGUUGACGUCCAAAAGUGUUACUCGAUGGCUAAGAGUAAGAGAAUCACAGGAAUUCCGCCGAAGUCGCAUUCUCCCCCUUCGCGUCUUCGCCCAAAUUCUAUUCCCCCUUGGCGUUCUAGCGCACGUUCCUUACACCUACGUCAGGCCAUCUCAUCAGUGCUAGGGUGUGUGCGGUCUCCUCGGGUCGUCAUUCGCCCGCGAGAAGGAGAUGAGAGAGUUGAGAGACACAAGCGCAGCACUGAGCUAGGGCGGCGGCUGGGGAGACACGGGGGGCCUAUCCACUGCAUCCUUCUCACUCUUUCGGUGUAUGAGUCCCUUUCUCGCACUUCUAUUGAGUUCUCGAGUUGUAAUAAGGCCCUGUCAACAUUUGAACUAAACCCCGCAUUCGACUCGAUCGGCAUGCCGAUUUGCUGGGCCAGCCGUGUGUCUGCGCGGGCGGCGGCCAACCCAUCUCAGGGUCCAACCAACCAUGAACCCGGCAUGGCACUUUGCCUUUUCCUUCUCUGUGACGCUGGCUCGCCCAAUGUCUGUCCUACCCUGUCUUGGGUUGUCCGAUGUUGCCUUACUUUGCCUUGCCUCUCCUCCUCGGCCUACUAG